UUCGUCUCUCCCUUCACUGGAGCCGCCACCCGCUUGAGGAAGCUGCACAACUGAGGGCGAAUCCUGCCACGGCGCUGUGCUGCUGCGUGGAGGCGACCGUGCCCCAGCCUCCGCCCUGCUUCAUCUUCUCCGGAACUCCCCUUCACCUGCGUCCUGCGGCGCAAAGGAAGAGAGUGCUUGCGGUCGCCGGCGAGUUGAGAAGGGUUUCCCACCACCUGUUCGACGAAAUGCGCACCAUUGCUGCUGCCAGCGACGCGGACCGCUUCGGCGACCUCACCGACGACCUCCUCUGGCAUGUGCUCUCCUUUCUGCCCUCGGACGACGCCCUGCAGACCUGCGUGCUCGACACCCGUUGGCGCGACCUCUGGAGGCGCACCACCAGCCUGCACUUCAAUGUUGACGACUGCGAACGGUUCCGGCGGUUGGUGAAGCUCAUCAUCAACUCCGCGGGAAGUCACCUCUCUCCAAGUGCGACAUAGGGGGUGUUUGGUUCCAGGGACUUUUUUGUGUUGGGACUAGAAAAAGUCCCUAGCAAACUAUACAGGGUGUGACUUUUUUGGGACUUUUUGCUAAAAGUCCUUAGAAGCACCUCCUUGAGAGUCUUUUUUAAAAAGUCUCAGGGACUAGAAAAAAGUCUAGGACUAGAGAACCAAACACCACCAUAAUUACAUGCCCUGAUGAUUAUGCGGUGUAUGGCCACUGCUACUCAAACACUAAGCGGUUGAUCGAGUUCGCUCUAGAGUGCCAAGUUAAGGAGCUCGUACUCAGCAAUGUGGACUUUUAUGAUAUUGAUCCACCAGUAUUCGACGUGCCUUUCAUCUCCCAUCAUUUGAAGACCAUAAACCUUCAUCGGGUUAACCUAGAUUGCCCCGCUCUGGAUUUCUCAGGCUGCCCAAUCUUAGAGGAACUAAAGAUGCAAAAUUGCAACAUUUAUGCACGGAAGAUAUCAUCCACAUCACUAAAGCAUCUCUGCAUCUUCGACUCCUGUAUGAUCCUUGUGGAUUUUCGCAUUCGUAUUUUUGCCCCGGAUCUGAUCUCACUACUAGUUGAUGAUUUUAUUGGCGCGACCCCUUUCCUUGAGGACAUGCCAUUUCUAGUGACAGCGCAUGUUGGGCUUGGCAAUUCAUGUUACGAUUUGUGUACCAGUGUGCAGAGGGGUUGUGGAUUUGACUGUGGUUGUAAUAAUUAUCCUAGAGAGGGGGGUGUGCUUCUCAAUGGUUUGUCCAAUGCUGUCAAUUUGGAGUUGAUUUUGAAAGCUGAGACCAUAAAUGUACGGUUGCACUACUACUUUUUUUACCCUUAAUUAGUGUUAUUUC